UCACUCGCUAGUUCUUCUUUUUUGUUAAACGAGCGAGUGGCUCCUCGUGCCUGUCGUUCGUUCGUGACGGAACGAUACCGAAAACGAUAUUGCUGCAGCAGAAAAUUGAAAAAAAUUGCUAGAAAAUCGCAACGAAAAAUCUUCAAAAAAUUUUACUAGGUGGAACAAUCUGGUCUGAAACGAAUUAAGAUAUUGAGUAAUAGUGAUUAAAAUCUUAAUAAGACAAAGUGAAACUUCAAUAAAUAUUCACAUUCAUACGCAUAGUGCAGUGAAGUAAAAAACUAAAUUAAUACGGAUUACAAUGAAUAAUGAUGAAAAAAGUAACGACUUAAGUGUUUGUUCUGCUGUUACAACCACAACUACAUCGACGCCAACGUCAGUAUCCAAUAUUAUUAAAACAAAACCCUCAACAGCAGUUACAGUGGCAUCAACAAUUAAAGCACAAAAGUCUACUGCAACCAAACUGAAGCAGUCGGCGAAUCUGCAAUCAAUAAAGAAAGCAGCCAACAAUAACAACGCUAGCAUCAAAAGCAAUAACAGUAGUUUAAAGUUGGCAGCAGUAGCAGCGGCUGCUAGCACAUCUGGGGCAUCUACAAACAUCUCCAUCAACAACAAAUACACUGUAAAAAAGUUGCCGAGGAAUGCAACGAAGCAAGGUGGUGGUACCAAUAAAGAUUUGACGUCCAACACCAUCAGCACUGACAGUGGCAGAGAAAGCAAAACUAUUGAAGCCAGUUUCAAAAAAACGGCUAACAACAAUAAUAACAUUCCCGCAGCAGCCGCUGCAUCUAAUGGCAAUAGCAGCAACAACACCAAUAACACCAACAGUAAAAUGUCCAAAAUCGCCGCGUCCAAAGUAGCCGCCUCCAGUACCAACAAUAACGUAAGUGCCACAGCGGUAGAUUGCGCUAGUGGUACAACGACAACUCCAGCAUCAACCGUUACGAGUACGGGAGUUGGUACAGAUGGCGAUCAAGGAUCCAACAAUAACGCCGUCACAUCUACUCCUAUUCCUGCAAUAGUUUCGAACGCACCUGCCAAUACAACGUCUUUAAACCCAGCCAGUGGCGGUGGCAACGGCAAAACAUUGGGAUCAACAAACAAGAAAUCUUCAACCAAUGCUUCUACCGUCGCCGUGGCCGCAACUGCUUCUGCAAAAGCAAAAAUUUACCAAAUAAAAACAAAUCCGCUGUCACUAUUAGUGAGCUCCUCACAGAAUGCCACAGUUCCCGCAAAAACUAAUGGCGGUGGCGGCAGCAGUGGUAAUAACAGCAAUAAUAAUACCGGGGCAACGUCGCGCGUUGGAGCAGUUGCUGCAAUUAAGCAAAAGCUGAAAGCUUCCGCUGCGGAUGCUGCAGCUGCUGUUGGUAUACCCACCGCUAUAGCCGCCAAUUCUCGAUCCGCCUCAUCGUCAACCUCGUCCAAUCUAUCGUUGGCCUCGUCUGGCACUAGACAGAAACGACCCAGCGAAAACUCGGAUACAGACACGGAGAUAUCCCGUCAACCACCAGAUCUUUCCGAAUCCGAUGAGGAAUCGGUUUCAGAAUCCAUCCUUUUGGCAUGCUUGUGUCUAAGGCCAGAUCUUCUGGAUGACAUUCCCGAGUCUGACGCUGAUAGUUGUGGACACGAGGAGGAUAACGAGUCUGAGGAGGACAACGAGGAUGAAGAAGAUGAUGAGGAGGAGAUCGAUGAUGAAGAUGAGGAAGAUGAGGAUCCGCCAAAUGAAGUGAGUGGCAAUUUCUCAGUCGGCUCCGAAGAGGAAGAGGAGGAUGAAGACGAGGAGAUUCAGGAUCCAAAUGAAGUGAGCGGAAAUUUCUUACUUGACGCCAACAAUGAUCGCUGCGCAUCUCUCUUCGAAGAUGAGAAGCCACCCGUGUUACGCCAUGUCACCCACGCGAUCGAUGAGACUAAACAGGCUCUAACGAAAAUGCGUGGCGCUACCACCCCUCGUGACAAAACCGCCUUAACGUUGGCCUGUUACAAAGGUCACCUCAGUAUGGUUCGUUUCCUAUUACAAGCCGGCGCCGACCAAGAGCACAAGACCGACGAAAUGCACACCGCUUUAAUGGAGGCAUCCAUGGACGGUCAUGUUGAAGUCGCGCGCUUGUUGUUAGACUCAGGUGCCCAAGUGAAUAUGCCAACCGAUUCAUUUGAGUCGCCACUUACUUUAGCAGCAUGUGGGGGGCACGUAGAAUUGGCCACUCUCUUGAUUGAACGGGGCGCUAACAUCGAGGAAGUGAAUGACGAGGGCUAUACGCCACUUAUGGAGGCUGCACGUGAAGGUCACGAGGAAAUGGUUGCACUCCUGUUAAGUAAGGGUGCAGAUAUUAAUGCGACUACUGAGGAGACUCAGGAAACCGCGCUUACCCUAGCUUGUUGUGGUGGUUUUAGUGAAGUUGCGGAGUUCCUUAUAAAGGAGGGAGCCAAUUUAGAGCUUGGCGCGUCCACGCCGCUUAUGGAAGCAGCCCAAGAAGGCCAUACGGACUUGGUGCGCUUCCUGCUGCAGAAUAAGGCUAAUGUUCACGCGGUGACGCAAACUGGUGACACGGCUCUAACACAUGCUUGCGAAAACGGUCACACAGACGCGGCCGAAGUGCUGCUCAGCUAUGGGGCAGAAUUAGAACAUGAAUCCGAAGGCGGGCGGACACCACUCAUGAAGGCUUGCCGCGCCGGUCAUUUAUGUACUGUUAAAUUCCUCAUACAAAAAGGCGCCGAUGUGAAUAAGCCGAGCAGCAGCAACGAUCAUACACCGCUUUCUUUAGCCUGUGCAGGCGGACAUCAGGCAGUGGUCGAGCUAUUGCUUAAGAGUGGCGCAGAUCCUUUCCACAAGUUGAAGGACAAUAGCACUAUGCUGAUUGAGGCGGCCAAAGGCGGUCAUACGCGCGUUGUCGAACUACUUUUCAAAUAUCCGCUAUUCGUACAAAAUCAUCAGAACGAACUACAGUCGGCUGCGGCCGCAGCAGCUGCUGCUGCUAAUGCUGCAACUGCAGCGGGGUCUGCGGUAAUCAAUAACACUGCAACCACUGGUCAACUGCGGUUCAUAAAUCCGCAACAACAGAAACAAUUCCAGCAACAGUUGCAACAGCUAAGUGCCCCGCCCGGUUUGCAGGUAUCUGAAGCAAUGCGGGUCUCCAACCAGCAGCAGCAAUUCCAUCAGCAACAAUUCAGCGCAAAUACCUUGCCGAACACCAACGGUACGACCGCCAACAAUAUUGUAUUGAACACGACAGCUGCCGCAUAUACCGAAGAACAUUUGCCAUUGACUUCGACUACGGAUGCGAAUGGCGAGGAGAAGCAUUAA